AUGCCCGAACCCACGAGAAUCAGCAUUCUCGGCCAGGAGAGCAUCAUUGCUGAUUUUGGCCUCUGGCGCAACUAUGUCGCACAAGACCUAAUCAGCAAUUGCUCCUCCACCACCUACGUGCUCAUCACCGAUACAAAUAUUGGAUCAAUCUAUACCCCGGAGUUCCAAAAAGCUUUCGAUGCUGCCUCCGCCACCGUUACCCCCUCCCCGCGUCUGUUGAUCUACCAGGUCGCCCCUGGUGAGGUGUCCAAAUCCCGACAGACGAAAGCUGCCAUUGAAGAUUGGAUGUUGAGUCAGAGCCCACCCUGUGGUCGGGAUACAGUUGUCAUUGCCCUGGGUGGAGGUGUCAUCGGAGAUCUGACUGGAUUUGUCGCUGCAACCUAUAUGCGCGGUGUUCGUUAUGUGCAAGUCCCCACGACAUUGCUCGCCAUGGUGGAUUCCUCGAUCGGCGGAAAGACUGCGAUCGAUACACCCCUAGGAAAGAACCUGAUCGGUGCGAUUUGGCAACCGACGAGGAUUUACAUCGAUCUCGAGUUUCUGGAAACACUCCCGGUGCGUGAGUUCAUCAACGGUAUGGCGGAAGUGAUCAAGACGGCGGCUAUCUCGAGUGAGGAGGAAUUCACUGCGCUGGAAAACAACGCCGAAGUGAUUCUGUCUGCUGUUCGCCAGGAGGUCAAGCCUGGUCAGCGUCGCUUCCAGGGAAUCGAGGAUAUUAUGAAAGCUCGCAUCUUGGCGUCGGCUCGUCACAAGGCUUAUGUUGUGUCUGCAGACGAGCGUGAGGGUGGUCUCCGCAAUCUGUUGAACUGGGGUCACUCUAUUGGUCACGCCAUUGAGGCUAUCCUUACGCCCCAGGUUCUUCACGGUGAAUGUGUCGCCAUUGGUAUGGUCAAGGAAGCCGAAUUGGCCCGUCACCUGGGCAUUCUGAAGGGUGUCGCGGUAGCUCGUAUCGUCAAAUGUCUUACCGCCUACGGCUUGCCUACGUCUUUGAAGGAUGCGCGCAUCCGGAAGCUUACAGCUGGCAAGCAUUGUUCUGUCGAGCAGCUGCUCUUUAACAUGGCCUUGGAUAAGAAGAACGAUGGUCCCAAAAAGAAGGUAGUCCUGCUGUCGGCCAUCGGACGCACACAUGAACCCAAGGCUAGCGUUGUCCCGAACGAGGACAUCAGUGUCGUUCUUGCUCCAAGCAUCGAGGUGUAUCCCGGUGUCGCACCGGCAUCACAUGUUGUCUGUACUCCUCCGGGUUCGAAGAGUAUCUCGAACCGGGCAUUGGUCCUGGCCGCUUUGGGUUCGGGCACCUGCCGUAUUAAGAACUUGCUUCACUCCGAUGACACUGAGGUUAUGUUGAAUGCUCUGGAGCGACUGGGAGCUUGCACUUUCUCUUGGGAGGAGGAGGGUGAGGUCCUCGUUGUGAACGGCAAAGGAGGUGAUCUUCAAGCGACCACCACGCAGCUGUAUCUGGGUAAUGCGGGAACUGCGUCGCGCUUCCUCACCACUGUUGCAACCCUCGCUACACCUGGUGAUGUAGACCACAACAUCCUGACGGGCAAUAACCGCAUGAAGCAGAGACCAAUUGGCGAUCUGGUUGAUGCCCUUAGGACGAAUGGUGCGUCGGUUGAGUACGUGGAGAGUAAGGGCAGUCUCCCGCUCAAGAUCGCCGCUUCUGGUGGCUUCGCUGGAGGUAGAAUCAACCUUGCCGCUAAGGUCUCAUCGCAGUACGUGUCCUCGCUGCUUAUGUGCGCUCCUUACGCCAAGGAACCGGUCACCUUGAAGCUGGUGGGUGGAAAGCCCAUCUCUCAACCCUACAUCGACAUGACCACGGCGAUGAUGAGAUCUUUCGGCAUUGACGUGCAGAAGUCUACCACUGAGGAGCACACUUACCACAUUCCUCAAGGUCGUUAUGUCAAUCCUGCUGAGUACGUGGUGGAGAGUGACGCUAGUUCUGCUACCUACCCUCUGGCCAUUGCCGCCCUCACCGGCACCACCUGUACGGUGCCCAAUAUCGGUUCGAAGUCCCUCCAGGGUGAUGCCCGCUUCGCAGUGGAGGUCUUGCGCCCUAUGGGUUGCACUGUUGAGCAAAGUGAAACCUCUACCACUGUUACGGGCGCCCCUGGUGGUGCCCUGCGGCCCUUGCCCAACGUGGAUAUGGAGCCAAUGACUGACGCUUUCCUCGGAGCGUCUGUGCUGGCGGCUGUUGCUCGCGGUGAGGGUUCGAACCACACCACUCGCAUCUACGGCAUCGCAAACCAACGUGUAAAGGAAUGCAAUAGAAUCAAGGCCAUGAAGGAUGAGCUUGCCAAAUUCGGUGUUGUCUGCCGCGAACAUGAUGAUGGUCUUGAAAUCGAUGGCAUUGACCGUUCCACUCUUCGGCAGCCUGCUGGUGGCGUUUUCUGCUAUGACGACCACCGUGUUGCUUACAGUUUCAGUCUCCUUUCUCUUGUUACUCCUCAGUCGACUUUGAUCUUGGAGCGUGAGUGUGUCGGUAAGACCUGGCCUGGUUGGUGGGAUACCCUGAAGCAGCUCUUUGGUGUGAAGCUUGAGGGUAAGGAGCUUAAGGAGGAGGAAGUUCUGGCUCUUACGCAAGCCGAGAAGUCUAGUGCGUCUGUCUUCAUCAUUGGUAUGCGUGGGGCAGGAAAGACUACCAGUGGGCAGUGGGUUGCAAGAACUUUGAACCGGCCAUUCGUUGAUUUGGAUACCGAGCUUGAGAAGACAGAAGACAUGACAAUCCCUGAGCUUAUCAAACAACGCGGCUGGCAGGGCUUCAGAAACGCUGAGCUCAAUCUUCUGCAGCGCACUUUGAAAGAACGCGCGACCGGAUACGUUUUUGCCUGUGGUGGCGGCAUUGUUGAAAUCCCCGAGGCUAGAAAGCUGCUCACUGAUUACCACAAGAACAAGGGUAAUGUACUGCUUAUCAUGCGUGAUAUCAAGCAAGUCAUGGACUUCCUCCAAAUCGACCGUACCCGGCCGGCCUACGUCGAAGACAUGAUGGGUGUGUGGCUCCGUCGCAAACCUUGGUUCCAGGAGUGCAGCAACCUGCAGUAUUUCAGCCAGACGGCGAGCACUGGGGGACUCGCUCGGGCAUCUGAAGACUUCAGACGUUUUUUGAGAACCGUAACCGGUGAAGUGGACAGCCUCGAUAUCAUCAAGCGUAAGGAGCACUCGUUCUUUGUCUCACUUACUCUCCCUGAUCUUCGGGCCGCCGGCGACAUCCUGAAAGAAGCCAGUGUCGGCUCUGAUGCAGUCGAGUUACGCGUCGAUUUACUGAAGGAUCCGGCCUCGGAUGACGAGAUCCCCUCGGUUGACUACGUGGCCGAGCAGAUGUCGUUCCUUCGUAGUCAGAUUUCGCUUCCUUUGAUCUUCACUAUCCGUACCAAGAGUCAAGGUGGUCGCUUCCCCGACAACGCCAUUGAGGAGGCGAGGGAGCUCUACCGUCUUGCGAUCCGGUCUGGUACCGAGUUCGUAGACCUGGAGAUCGCUUUCCCUGAUGAUCUGUUGCGCUCUGUCACCGAGUCCAAGGGCUAUUCCAAGAUCAUUGCCUCCCACCACGACCCCAAGGGUGAGCUCGCAUGGGGCAACAUGUCCUGGAUGAAGUACUACAACCGCGCGCUUGAAUAUGGCGACGUUAUUAAGCUCGUCGGUGUCGCUAAGAGUCUUGACGAUAAUACUGCUUUGAGAAAGUUCAAGCAGUGGGCCGCAGAGGCACAUGAUGUUCCCAUGAUUGCCAUCAACAUGGGUGAUAAUGGACAACUCAGCCGUAUCCUGAACGGUUUCAUGACUCCGGUGUCCCAUCCAAGUCUUCCAUUCAAGGCUGCACCGGGCCAGCUCUCUGCGACCGAAAUUCGCAAGGGACUGUCCUUGAUGGGAGAGAUCAAGUCCAAGAAGUUCGCACUCUUUGGAACCCCGAUCUCCCAAUCUCGUUCUCCAGCUCUCCACAAUACGCUCUUCGCCCAGUCUGGCCUUCCUCACGAGUACAGCCGUCUGGAGACCGCCAACGCUGAAGACGUCAAGGACUUCAUUCGCUCUCCUGAUUUCGGAGGCGCUUCGGUCACAAUUCCUCUAAAACUAGACAUUAUGCCCUUGCUAGACGAGAUCGCAUCUGACGCUGAGAUCAUUGGGGCCGUGAACACUAUUGUUCCUGUCUCCGCUGGCCAAGACAAGCCAACUCGGUUGGUCGGUUACAACACGGAUUGGCAGGGAAUGACGCUGUCCCUCCGCAACGCUGGCGUGUACGGAUGCAAUGGGGAGGCCAGUGCCGUCGUCAUUGGCGGUGGAGGCACGGCUCGCGCUGCUAUCUACGCUCUUCACCACAUGGGCUUCUCCCCCAUCUACAUUGUUGGACGGUCCCCCGCCAAGCUCGAGAGCAUGGUCUCCACCUUCCCUACAAGCUACAACAUCCGGAUUGUGGAAUCUGCCGAGUCGCUAGAAACGGUCCCCAAGGUGGCCAUUGGCACUAUUCCCGCUGACAAGCCCAUCGACGCCGGCAUGCGCGAAAUCCUGUGCCAUAUGUUUGCACGCGCUCGGGAGGCUGACGCUGACAUCGCCAAGUCCGUGGAGAAGGUCCCUCGUGUGCUUCUGGAGAUGGCCUACAAGCCUGCUGUGACGUCCUUGAUGCAGCUGGCUUCCGAUGCAGCCUGGCACACUAUCCCCGGCUUAGAGGUUCUUGUUGGUCAAGGCUGGUACCAGUUCCAACGUUGGACCGGUAUCUCGCCACUGUACCGAAAUGCAAGGGAAGCCGUGAUUGGAUCACCCAGCGCCAAUUCUGCAUAG